UCCACGAAACCACGAUACUAAAGCAGACAUCACAUGGCCACUAGCUCGAGCGGACGUUAUAUUACAAACCACAUGGUCACGCUGUGUUGUAUAGAAUUAUGUGUAAAAGACUUUUCACGGCAAUUUUCUUACGUGUAUGCUGACACUUUUGAGAGACCAAGUUUUGAUAGUAGCGGACCACAGAAGUUGUCUAAUCAUGUACUUACAUAUCCAAUUUCACGGCAAACGUAGGGCACACUGAGAAUUGUUUUUCUUUACAAAGAUUUGAUAACUGGAUUUAUAAACACCAUAGACUGCACCAUUGGAGUGUGAACGCAUACACAAGGAAAGUGUAUAUCAAAACGAAAACAGGACAAACUGGAUAAAGUAUUAAUCUGAUUGAUUCAACUUCACGAUGAUUCGACAAGUCCAAAACAGCUUUAUUACAAAAGAAAACUGUAUGAAACUGUUCUCCAAUAUAACUAUUCCUGUCGGGCGAUACUGUAACGCAACGCAUGACGGGAGUUCCUGCUGGCCCCCAACGUUGGCAGGAACAGAAGUCAAACAACGAUGUCCCACUCUACCGGAUCUAGAACUUAACCCCUUACAAUUUGUAUACAGACGAUGUGGACUGGAUGGGGAAUGGUCAGAUAUCAAAGAUGCACAUAUAGUAUUUCAGAAGACCCUAUACGAGGAAUGUUUCAUCAAAGGACCUUCUUUAGAAUCACUCAACCAAAACGCGAAAAUAUCCAACAUCCUUGGAAUAGUGUUGUUACUUGUCUCACUCAUCACAAUAUUUGUCGCACUUUUGAUAUAUUAUGUUGUUUUACCAAAGUUUGUAAACGGAAUAUUACAUGUGAGAGUACAGAAACACUUGUUUGUUUCGGUCAUAUUUGACGCCACAACAAAGUUGACCAUUCAGAUCUUACUUCUUUUCCAACUACACAAAAUAGCAACCGUCGAGAUUACAUUCGCUCACGAAUUCCUCGCAACUAUGAAACAGUACUCUGAUCUGGCAAUUAUACUGUGGCUAGCUAACGAUGCACACUUUCUACAAGUAAUAUCAAGGUCCGGACAGAUUUGUAAUUCCGGAUACAUGACGUACAUUGUGAUGGGUUGGGGACUGCCAAUAGUCCCAACUUCCGUCUGGGCGGUUUCCAUGGCAGUGAGUCAUAAGGUUAAAGACUGGACCGGCCAUACGGAAUCUCCACUAAUUUGGAUCAUGGAGAUACCGAAAUUAUUGGCCCUCCUGACGGCGUUCUCCUUUCUCGGGGUCACCUCUUACCGUGUGUUCACCAGGACAAAACACACGAAACACAAAACAAACUUAGACGUCCGGAAAAUUAGAUAUGACGUUCUGAUGUCGGGCCUUUUCUAUUUGGUUAUUCUAGUCUCUGUACUCUUUGUCAUGAUUAUUACGCAUGCGCGGAUUAAGUGUAUAUCAUGUUCCUACAUUUCCACGAUCCUUUCCUCGUCACACGGUGUGUUGUUGUCAAUAUUGUACUGUUUCCUUAACAAUAAUGUCCACACUUACAUUAAGUACAGUCAGACAGUCUUACCAGUUACAGCUUAAAAACCUUCGUCAUUGUGUUUCUAUUGUUGUGUCAUCAUUUAACAAUGGGAAAGUUUGAAAGAACAAUAAUCAGCCCUGCUUAAAGUUUUAUGCUAGGCUGGAACACACUGAGGAUUUCUGUUAUCAAAAUCAUUCAAUCAAUUCCUCAAUGGACGCUUCACAACCAAAGUUUUAUCAUCAAUGUUACGUGCGCGAACUAGAAAUAUGAUGAAAGAGGAAGGGAAGAAGUAGGAUUUUCCGAUGCCUCCUAUAAAUAACUCCUAUCGUGCAGAAUUAUCAUCACGGUGCUAAUGAACAAUGGUUCUUUCCAUUCAUUUUCUAAUCGGCAGAAACUAAGAGGAAAUUGAUAAGCUUGACAUGAUUUCAUGCAAGAAAAUUAACUGAAUCAGUUGACCUUUCCAUCGUCAUACAGCGGUUUGUCGAUCCCACACAAAGUCUGUUGUUCGGACAUUAGCGCUGCAGGAGAUAAAAUCACUGUAGGGUUCCUAUUCACUUCCGGAAGAUUUUGUAAUUGAAACCGUUAAUUAUCCAUGACUUCCGGUACGCGGAAGAGGGAACUGGAUGAUAAAUGUAGCUGUUGAUCAUGGACUCUUGUUAUUAAUAUAAAACACGAUUGCAUGACGAGUGGAGUGUUGUUACAUUGCUUGUAGCCAGUUCAACUGAUACUGUUGAUGUCUAUGAGCACAAACAAUGUCAGGAGGAAAUUUUAAAGUCAAGUAAAAUUCGGACCAGUGUUCAAUGUCUGGUUGUUUCGUAACUAGUUCUCAUAAGACGUGGUUUGUGUGUUUGUUAAUCGUUAGUGUUAGGCAGCAUGAUGAUUUCUAUAUAUUAAUAAUUGUUGUAUAAAUAGUAACUCUAAGGUUAGAGUGGGCUCUUAGGUAGAAUUCCUGUAAGGCAGCAUGUGUUCCGAUAGCGAGUAAAUAUAUUGGUUUUUUUUUGUAAAUAGAAACCAUGAUCGAUUACAUCUAAACAAUUUUCAAACAUAACACCAACAUUGAUGUUGAAAGGACGCAUCAGGAAGAGAAAGUAUUAUUUACAUUAUUUGUGAUUUUCCUCUAAUUGAGAUCGACUUUUUUCCUCGUCUGGCAGAAAGGAAAUUUCGCUUUAGUAUCUACGUUUUCACUUUUGGAACCUGGCAUUACCUUAACCCUUGUCUUACCCAUACGUGUUGACCAUAUAGGCCUAUUUUGUUAAGAGUUUGUCGGGUUCCGUCAUUUUUGAAUCAGAAUUAUGAUAUUUUGUUUAGCCGUUGUAUUUUCAUGUUGGUUUUGGACUUGAAUAUGAUAUAGUGCAAAUCAUGUGUAUAUUGCGUACAUAUCACAAAGUAGGGAAGGCUCCUAAUGGCGGGACCAUAUCUACUGUAUGUAAAUUAAUACACAUAUUACAUGUAACAUAGUUAGAUAGAAUUCCACGUGACCUACUUGUCUGUUGGAUGUCCCAUAUGUACGUUCAUUGUUUUGAAGCUAUAAAAGUAAAAUACAUUAGGUACAAUAGCAUUUACAUGACAAUGAUACUAUUUACUCGUGUACAUAUAUUUGUAUUGUGAAAUAGACUGCAACAAUGGGCAUUGUAUAUAGUCGCAAUAAAUGCCACA